UGUUGUCGUCAAUAUAUAUAAAAAGACAACAAAACAGAGCUUAAUUUGAAGAAACAGAGUUCAUAUAAUUGAUCAUGAGAAAUUGUAUUGAGCUACUGGCGAGACGAGUUUCAGCGAUACCUCAACACUCGCUUCCUUCUAGCUUCCAUAUUCUUCAUCAUUUCUGCUCAUCUUUUUCUGCUUCACCCAGUUCCAAGCUAUUCAUCGGAGGAUUGUCCUGGUCUGUGGAUGAGCAAUCGCUCAAAGACGCGUUCUCUUCCUUUGGGGAGGUUUCAGAAGUUAGGAUCGCGUACGACAAAGAGAGUGGUAGAUCAAGAGGAUUCGGUUUUGUUGAUUUUGCAGAGGAGGACGAUGCUCUAUCUGCAAAACAUGCCAUGGAUGGAAAGGGAUUAUUGGGUCGGCCAAUGAGAAUAGGUUUUGCCCUUGAAAGGGUGCGUGGUGGUCCUGUGGUUGUUCCGCGUUUUGGGAAACCCAAGAGUGACAGAGAGAGGGUCUUCAAGUGAUGUAUUCAUCUCAUAGAGAUCUUUCAUGACUCUUAACCAAAUGACAAUAGUCUGCAUUGUUGUAUACGCUCAUGGUUGGGUCUUUGGUUUAGUUGUGGUAUAGUUUCUAAAAGGGAUUAUAUGAUAUCAAAAUUUGUAGUUGUGAAAGAAUUUGAUUUGAUAUAUAAAUUUGGAGAAUUGAUA